UUGCUGUGAGGGAUGCAUGCUGCUCCUUCUCUCCGCCCCAGAGGAGGAAUCAUCACAGCUGAUCUAUGGCCCAGUUCUACUUUACCUUUACAAAACAAAGGAUCAUCCGCGCUUAGAGUCGAGAAAAUAUCCUUCUGACUACCUGCGACAUCUAACAUAACACCAGACUACUUGUCGUUUAAGUAACAUCCGGGUAAUCCAAAUACUUUGGAAACAAAAGCCUACAAACUCCUUGGCUAAAACUUGAGAUUUACGCACAAAAACGCUUAAAUAAUCUGCGGGUUUUAAAUCUUUCCCUCACAACUCCCUCUUUAUCCUUCUCUCUCUCUCUCUCUCUCUAUCUCUCUCUCUCUGCUUCCCCUCAUUUACCCCACAAACCUAUUCUGGUAUCUCAGCACACGACUAAAUUAGACCAAAGAUGAUAAGAGCACAAAGCAUUAUAAUUCCGCCGGGCUCCUCCUCCUUCCAGCCAUGCGUCCUAAUUAAUGGGACACCCCCAGUCGCAAAAAGCCCCGCACUGGACUGCAACAUAGUCAAAGAGUGAAAGGGAAGAGGGCGAAAGUGCCACUGGAGAUAAUUGAUUACCUACCAAUCAAUGAGAACUUGUUAGUAAUCGUCAACUCUUUGGACCUCGCCAUUUUCAGGGAGGCAUCUCACUCCUGCGGACCCACUGCUCCCGAGGAUCCACUCUUUGAAGACAUCCCAUUUUGGAAUAAGAUUUUCUUUUCUUCCCCUUUUCCUCUCUGUCUCUUUUUUAAACCUCUUAACUGUUAUGUGACUCUUUCUUUUACCCCUCGAUAGUAUCGUUUUUUUUUAACCCUCUAAAUAUUUCUAUAAAAGUCACACACAAACUCCGCGCACAGCCAAUGAUGACAUCCAAAGAAGUGGCCAAAUGUGAUGCAGUGGAAACCAGGAGGCGAAGCCCGCUGGACCACUUGCCGCCUCCUGCCAACUCCAACAAGCCGCUGACACCCUUCAGCAUCGAGGACAUUCUCAACAAACCGUCGGUGAAACGAAGUUACACAAUCUGCGGCACCGCUCACCUCAUCUCGUCCUCUGAGAAGCACCGUCCAUCCAGCAUCCCUCUGUCCAGCCGGGCUCUGCUCACCCAGACCUCCCCGCUCUGCGCGCUGGAGGAGCUGGCCAGCAAGACCUUCAAGGGGCUGGAAGUCAGCGUGUUACAAGCUGCAGAAGGCCGGGACGGGAUGACUCUGUUUGGCCAGAGAAGCACCCCGAAGAAGCGCCGGAAGUCUCGGACGGCCUUUACCAAUCACCAAAUCUACGAGCUGGAGAAGCGCUUCUUGUACCAGAAAUACCUGUCGCCGGCUGACCGGGACCAGAUAGCGCAGCAGCUCGGCCUGACGAACGCGCAGGUCAUCACGUGGUUUCAGAACCGGAGGGCCAAGCUAAAACGGGACCUGGAGGAAAUGAAGGCCGACGUGGAGUCUGCCAAGGCCGUCGGCCAGGUCCCCUUGGAGAAGCUCGCCAAGCUGGCGGACCUGGAGAAAUGCGCCAACGGCACGCUGGGCCACCCGCGAGGGGAGUCCCCCGCGCGGGGAGGCCAGGAGCACGAGCUCGCUCAGAAACUGCGCUCGUCGCCGCUGUCGCCAUUCUCAGACCACACAACGAGUAAAGAGUGCUCGGAGGACGAGGACGUGGAGAUUGAUGUGGAUGACUGAUUGCGCAGCGUGGGGCAGACACACAAAAAGACGAUUUUAAAAAAUCCUCGCGAGGACUUGUAUCUUAUUGCUUAUAUUGUAUACCAUAUCUGAGAACAUGUACCAAAAUGUAAUGACUUUUAUAUCGGCGCAGAUAGAACUAUUCAUAGUGACGCAUGAACACAGAAGCAGAAAUAUGCAGUGAUAUUUUAUUCAUUAGCAAACUGUCACUUGCAAUCAAAGCAAUAUGGUCUGAUAUGACACGAGUAACUUAUUAUUUUUUUACACUUUAGGCCAACACACACACACACACACUUACAUUGAAACACAACACACACAUAUGCAGACACACACACCUGUUCCAUCGCUUCUCCUGUAAGGCCUAUACCCUCACACACCACGAUGAAAGAGCUCCAGUUUUUCAUAUAUUUUGCAUGUAAAUGCAUGAUUUGAUUUGUGAUCAUUAUAUAUUUAUUUUUACCUUAUUAUUAUUAUAUUUUUUUAUUUAAUUGUUUUCGUGUUUUUUGCCAAAUCGCCAUCGAGUCAUUUUGUCACUGCCGGCUCUCCUCCUCCUCCUCCUCUGACUGUGACCCCUGACUUCGGCGUGAAGAAGAAGAAAAAGAAAUAGAAGAUGAUGAUGAAGAUGAGGAUGAUGUUUGGAGAGGCAAACUGGGACUUUCACAAUUUUUGCGUUUUAUGGGAAUGUUUAAUCGAUGGCGAGAAGAACAACUGACUCUUGCGGUGAUUUUGAGAUAUGCUCCUUUUAGAUGUAUUGUUUGGAUACAAUAGAUUUACGGUUCUAAAUUUGUUAUGUUUUGUACACCUGUAAGUGCCUUUCUGAAAUCAGGACAUUAUUUGAAACCAAUGCACAGACUGUAUUGUAUAUAGGCUACUAUGGGAAUAAAAUGGCUUUUCUGAAUAUU